AUGGGCUGCAGCGCCUCGUCGGCGCCCGGCGCCCCCUCGCCGGCGCCCGCGCCGGCGAGGGCCAGCAGCGGCGGCGCAGGCGUGGUCUUCCAGUUCAAGUGCCCCCACUGCACGACCGUCCUGCAGGUCUCCACCGCGGGCGCGAACGUGCAGUGCCCGAUCUGCGAGAAGGUGAGCCGGGUGGAGUGUCCGCCCCCGCCAGCUCCGUUCAACCCGCCGGCGAGAAAGUCACUCAGGCAGAUGCGCUCGACGAGGUCGUUCAGGACGGGGGAAAAGACGCGCGACAUGAUCCAGGGGUGCAUGGACGACAUCACCAGGAGGCCAUGCAAGUUCGGCCUCAAGUGCUAUCGACGGAACGCCGAGCACCUGGACCAGUUUCUCCACCCCGACAACGAAGACUAUUCACUCUCGUUGUGGAAGUUCCGCGAUUGUCGUGGCGAGUUCUUGACGCUGCAGCAGUGCAUGAAGUUCAUGGACCCCUUCGACAAGGGCAUCGUGGACGACAAGGAGCUGCUGGGCGAGCUGCUGAAGCACCUCCAGGGGGACGGGGCUCCCGCGGGCGACGACCUCCAGGAGAUCGCCGCCCCGCCCGGCAGCGGCAUCGGGGCCAUCUGGACCUCCAUCGACGACGACGGCAACGGCUUCGUCUCCUUCGCCGAGUUCAUCGAGGAUUGGGCCACCGAGUUCGGGCUCGGGCUGCCCGUGGGGCUGGACGAGCAGAACGGCGGCUCCAGCGGGUCGUCAUGUGCUGGCCUGAAGUGCGGCUACCCGGGCUGCACCACUGGCAGGGACCGAGACGGCAUGCCGUGCAUCAGCUUCAAGCCGACCAGGAAUGGGCCCUCGUACAUGUGCAGAUGCAGGCACAAGCGCUCGGUGCACUUCGUGCAGGACAGCUUGACGGAGAUCCAGGUGCCGGAGUACUGGAAGACGGCCGCGUCGCAGGACGCGGACGCGGCCGCGGCGGAAUUGGCGGAGUGGGUGGACGUCUCGGACCAGAAGCACCACUUCCAGGCGCUGAUGGACAACUCCUACAAGAAGGUCUGGACCCGCGACCGGGGUCGGACCGACGACGGCAAGCAGAAGCGCGUGCCGUCGGGCUACGUCGUCAUCUCGGUCCAGAGGAAUGAGAAUAAGAAGUUCUGUUCAUGUUUUUGCAAUCGUUUCUUCCUCCAUCGUCGCCACCAACGUGCAGAGGUUAGGCGCGGAGGAUCCAAGCUUCAAGGCGUACGAGGUGAAGACAACGCAGGAGAAGCGUCAGCCGCAACGUCGCCGCGAUCAUCGGAGGGCCCCUCGAGCAGAACUGCAACGAGUGGCUGCUGUGGCACGGCACGACGCUGGAGGGGGCCCGCCAGAUCUGCGACGAGGACUUCAAGCAGAGGUACGCAGGCAGUGCCACUGGCACGCUGUACGGCAAGGGGACGGGGGCCCGGCGGGCUUCGCCGAGAGCGUCACGAAGGCCGACGAGUACGCCAAGGAGGCGAAAGAACAUGA